UCUCUUCUUUCAUUUUUAUUUAUUUUUAUUAUGUCUGCUGGCCUCCGCAACGCAUUCAAAUCUGCUAAAGAACAAAAUCGUCCUGCUUUUGUCACCUUUCUUACUGCUGGUUAUCCCAGUCCAGAAGAAACUGUCAACAACUUAAUAGCAUUAGAAAAAGGUGGUGCUGAUGUGAUUGAAUUGGGCAUUCCAUUCACUGAUCCCCUUGCUGAUGGCCCAACUAUUCAAUAUGCAAGCACUGCUGCACUUAAGCAUGGUGUUGACAUUCCUAUGUGUCUUCAAAUGGUUCGCGAUGCUCGUUCUCGUGGACUAAAGGUACCAGUUGUUUUUAUGGGCUAUUACAACCCCAUUCUUGCUUAUGGAGAAGAAAAGAUGGUACAAGAUUGUAAAGAAGCUGGUGUCAAUGGUUAUAUUUUAGUCGAUUUACCUCCUGAAGAGUCACAAGAAUUCCGUUCUAUUUGUCACAAAUACGGCUUAUCUUAUAUUCCUUUGAUUGCACCUUCCACCACUGAAGCACGUAUUCAAUUGCUUGCCAAGAUUGCUGAUUCUUUCAUCUAUGUCGUUUCUCGUAUGGGUGUCACUGGUGCAAAGGAUAGCGUAAGUACAGAAUUGCCUUCCAUUAUUGCACGCAUCAAAAAGUACACACAAGCACCCUUGGCUGUUGGUUUUGGUGUUUCUACGCGUGAACAUUUUGUUGAAGUGGGGGCUCAUUCUGAAGGUGUUGUGAUUGGUUCUCGUCUUAUUACUUUGAUCAAGGAAGCUUUGGAACAAGGUCAAAAUAUUCCUCAAGUGGUUCAACAAUAUGCUUCGGAAAUUACAGGUCGUAAAGAAGUCGAAAUUGCCGCUGCUGCUGCUACAGAUGCUGACCUUGCUGAUCUUGAAGUGAACGAUGCUGCUGGUCGUGGUCCUUUCACAGGUGACGAUAUCAAGAACUUUUAUCAAUUGGAUCCUCGAUUCGGUACCUUCGGUGGUGCUUAUGUUCCUGAAGCCCUUGUCGACUGUCUUACUCAACUUGAAACUUGCUUUAGUGAAGCCAUGAAUGAUCCUUCUUUUAGAGAAGAAUUUGAAUCUUACUAUGAUUACAUCUCUCGUCCUUCUCAACUUCAACUUGCUACUCGUUUGACUGAAGAUGCUGGCGGCGCCAAGAUUUGGUUGAAGCGUGAAGACUUAAACCAUACUGGUUCUCACAAGAUCAACAACGCUGUUGGUCAAAUUUUGCUUGCAAAGCGUUUAGGUAAGACUCGUAUUAUCGCUGAAACUGGUGCUGGUCAACAUGGUGUGGCUACUGCUACUGUGUGUGCCAAGUUUGGUCUGGAAUGUGUUGUCUAUAUGGGUGAAGAGGACUGUCGUCGUCAAGCCCUUAAUGUCUUCCGUAUGAGAAUGUUGGGUGCCACUGUCGUUCCUGUUAAGGAUGGUGCUAGAACUUUGAAGGAUGCUAUUAAUGAAGCCAUGCGUGAUUGGGUUGCUAAUGUCACUACUACUCAUUACCUUGUUGGUUCUGCUAUUGGUCCUCAUCCUUUCCCUAUGAUUGUACGUGAAUUCCAAUCCGUGAUUGGUAAGGAAACUAAGCGUCAAAUGCUUGAAAAGGCUGGUAAGUUACCUGAUGCUGUUGUUGCCUGUGUCGGUGGUGGCUCCAACUCAAUUGGUAUGUUCCAUCCUUUUGUUCAAGACAAGACAGUGCGUAUUGUCGGUGUUGAAGCCGGUGGUGAUGGUGUUGAUACUGAAAAGCAUUCUGCUACACUCACCAAGGGUACACCUGGUGUACUUCACGGUACACGUACUUAUCUGUUGCAAGAUGUGAAGGGCCAAAUUAUUGAAACACACUCUGUCAGUGCUGGUCUCGACUAUCCUGGUGUGGGUCCUGAACAUGCUUACUUAAAGGAUUCUGGUAGAGCUGAUUACUGGGUUGCUGAUGAUGCUCAAUGUUUGCUUGGUUUCAGAAAAUUGACUCAAUUAGAAGGUAUUAUUCCUGCUUUAGAAUCUGCUCAUGCUAUCUACGCUGCUCAUCAGUUGGCUUCUCAACUUCCCAAGGAUCAAGAUAUUGUUGUCUGUCUUUCUGGAAGAGGUGAUAAAGAUAUGCACACUGUUGCUGAAGUAUUGCCCAAGUUGGGUCCCAAGAUCAACUGGGAUUUGACCUUCUAGAUUCCCCUCUCCCCCUUUCUUUUUCAUUGUAUCAUACUUUACCC